AUGAAAGCACUCGAAGAUGAAAAGUUCGAUUUAGCCAAAAACAUAAAUGAUCAAGAAUCAACCUUGUCUAUGCUAGAGUCAGAGAUCGACGAGCUGCGUCGUGAAAGUGAGGUCGUGGAAAACUGGGACGUCGAGGAGGAAGUGGGCAUGGACCGUAACGCGUAA